AUGGCUGAAGAUGGUUUGUCAAAAAUUUAUUCUCAUCCUCCAACAGAGAACAGUAAAACAACAACUGAUGCAACAACUCUCUUUGGGACUGACAACACUAUUCCCAGAACAGAAACAACUAUUACUUCAGAAGGAGACCACAUUUCUUCAGUAAAUGACUAUAUGCUAGAAAAUUUUUCAACAACUACAGGCAGCAAGCUUACAUCUCCAAAGGAAAGACUGAAAUCAGAAGAAGAUGCGGAGUCCCAUAUCAAGUCAUCAACCCACCUGGAGAAAGAAAUUACCAUGCUGACAGGCACUACAAACUCCAUGGCUAAUGACUCUAUUAUGAAAAAUAUCAUUCCAGUGAAAAUUGGUAAUAUUUCAUCACCAGUUGCUACUGUUUCUUUAAUAGAUUUUUCCACUAACAUGACUAAAGAAGAUAUUCUUUUGGAUACCAUUGACCCAGAAGAUAAAGAUGUCUUAAUAACUUCUGAAGUCUCUGGCACACUGAAGAAAAACAUUGCCAGCAUUACUGACACUCCUGCCCUUCCAGCUAAGAAGAAUAAACCUAAUGUUAACAAUUAUAGUUCCUCAGUUAAAUCCAAUGUCACUGCUGAAGAGGUUGUCCAGAUCACUGACUCCUCUAUUGCUGAAAUCUCUCCAGCUAAUGAAAAACACUUCACUACUCUACCAGACAUAACUGCCCUUACAGAAGAGAAAAUAACUGAAAUUGACUUAAUUCUUCCAGAGGAUAACCCUAAUGCUAUGUCUAAACUAACUGACUCUGAUGAAGAAAACUUCAUCACAGUGUUUGAACUUACUACCACUGUUGAAAGAGACAAAGAAAAUCAAGAAGAUGUUCUGCUGACCGAUGAAGAGUCCAUGGAUGGAGUCAGUGUUUGGAUGGAGAGAGAGAUUGCCAAUGAAACAGAGGACCAUCCCAUUUUGCUUACUGCUGCUGAAUCCAGAUAUGACUUUGUUGUUCCUAAAUCGGUAGCUAUGAGCCUCCUGGAAGAUUCAUCUACUACAACAAAAGAUUUGUCUGAAAAUAGAAUGGAAUCUGUACCUAAAGACACUGAGGCAUUUUCCAGAACUACACCUGAUCUAGACACAGCAAACCACAAGGAAGACACGUUUACAACUGAAAUGGGUGUCUUUAAACUACUAAAAGAAGAACCAGAUGAGUUUCUGAUUUGA